CCCCGCCCCGGGGCUCCAUUGUUGCGGCGGCCGCGGCUCUGCGGGCUGCCCGGCUCUGUUCCGCUCGGCCCGGAGCGAGCGCCGCUGAGGCGGUGACCUGAGGAUUUGUCCUCGGCGAGUGGCUCGGUGUCCUGGGAAGCUGCAGGGGGACCCCGGGAGCUCUGUCCUCGCCCCUGGAGGAGGCGUGUGGAGAAGACAGUUCCGUGCAGACCCGGGCGCUCCCGCCUGGCGGUCAGGCCGCCCGGCUCCUGGUUGGGGCCUUUUAACCAAAUACUUUGUGACCUCAGCAGGACCGUGGAAGACACCACAAGAGCAGAGUCACUUGAUUUAGUGCAAACAUCCUUUCGCUUGGGAGAAGGGAGUUUUGCUGUUCGGAUGCAUAGAAUGUACCCAGAAAUGCCUCCAGCAAUGGAAGAGUUAAUAGUUGAACUCCGUCUCUUUCUUGAACUCCUGGACCACGAGUACCUAACGUCAACCGUCAGGGAGAAAAAGGCGGUGAUUACCGACAUCCUGCUGAGGAUACAGUCAUCCAAAGGUUUCGAAGUGAAAGACCAUGUUCAGAAGCAAGAGACCCCCAACAGCCUGCCGGCUCCUCCCCAGAUGCCUUUGCCGGAGAUCCCUCAGCCGUGGCUGCCACCCGACGGCGGGCCGCCACCGCUCCCGACGUCCUCUCUCCCGGAAGCUUAUUACGAGGAGGCCGUGCCCCUGAGCCCUGGGAAGGCUCCGGAAUACAUCACGUCGAAUUACGACUCGGACGCGAUGAGUAGCUCCUACGAGUCGUAUGACGAGGAGGAGGAGGACGGAAAGGGCAAGAAGACACGGCACCAGUGGCCGUCCGAGGAGGCCUCCAUGGACCUGGUGAAGGACGCCAAGAUCUGCGCCUUCUUGCUGAGGAAGAAGCGCUUCGGGCAGUGGAGCAAGCUCCUCUGUGUCAUCAAGGACACCAAGCUGCUGUGCUACAAGAGUUCCAAGGACCAGCAGCCACAGAUGGAACUGCCGCUGCAAGGCUGCAGCGUCACGUACAUCCCGAAGGACAGCAAGAAGAAGAAGCACGAGCUGAAGAUCGCCCAGCAGGGCACCGACCCGCUGGUGCUCGCGGUGCAGAGCAAGGAGCAGGCCGAGCAGUGGCUGAAGGUGAUCCGAGAGGUCUACAGUGGCUGCAGCGGCCCAGCGGAUUCAGAGGGGCCUCCGCCAUCAAGCUCCCCAGUGCACAAGACGGAGCUGGAGAAGAAACUGUCUUCUGAGAGGCCGAGCUCCGACGGGGAGGGCGCUACUGAAAACGGAAUCACCGUGUGUAAUGGAAAAGAACAAGUUAAGAGGAAGAAAAGUUCCAAAUCAGAGACCAAGGGAACCGUGUCUAAAGUCACUGGGAAGAAGAUCACCAAGAUCAUCGGCUUGGGGAAGAAAAAGCCCUCGACGGAUGAGCAGACCUCGUCCGCGGAGGAGGACGUCCCCACGUGCGGCUAUCUCAACGUGCUCUCCAACAGCCGCUGGCGGGAGCGCUGGUGUCGGGUCAAGGACAACAAGCUCAUUUUCCACAAGGACAGGACCGACCUCAAGACCCACAUUGUUUCCAUCCCUCUGCGCGGCUGUGACGUGAUCCCUGGGUUGGACUCCAAACACCCCCUGACGUUCCGGCUGCUUCGCAAUGGACAGGAGGUGGCGGUGCUGGAGGCGUCCUCCUCAGAGGACAUGGGCAGAUGGAUCGGAAUUUUGCUGGCUGAGACGGGCUCCUCCACAGACCCCGGGGCCCUGCACUACGACUACAUCGACGUGGAGACGUCCGCGAACGUCAUUCAGACAGCCAAGCAAACCUUCUGCUUCAUGAACAGGCGUGGCGUCUCCACUAACCCGUACCUGGGGAGCACCUCCAAUGGCUACGCCCACCCCAGCGGCACGGCGCUGCAUUACGACGACGUCCCCUGCAUUAACGGCUCGGUGAGUGCGCCACUCGUACGGGGGUCCGGGCUCGGCUGUGUCAGAGGCGGGGCAGCGCGAGGGUUCCUGUAAUCCGGGACCCCGAUUUCAGGCCAGGCGCCAGAGGGCUUUUGGCCGUGCUCUGAGGUGGGAUGGAACCCGUGUCCCUCUCUCCCGGGCUUGUUUGUGACCUUAGUGUGCAUCUGAGCAAGUGGGUACCUGGACACCAGUACGCUGUCAUUCAGCGUCCACGUCAUUGUGUCUCAACACGUCCUAAAAUGUGGGACGUAGGACGGCACCUCAGAUAGGUCAAAAUAGAGCCCAGGCUCGGUUCUCAGGGAGCAGAAGGGACAUGUUGCCUCGGCGUAGUGGCCGCACUUCAGACUCAAGGCGUCUUCCCCCUUGGUGGCCUUGGAGCACCCGGGACGCCCGGCCCCUGGUCCAGAGCAGCUUAUCUGCCCGUAGGAAUGCAGUGCAGGUGCUCAGUGACAGCUCUGCAUGGCCUCAGGCUGGCCGGCUCGGUUCUCAGUACUUUGUGUCCUGUACGCAACAAGCGGACCUCAUCGGUAAACUGUUACCACAUCUCCACAUUCUUUGCCGAACGGAACAGCCGUCACUGAGCACACUCCCUGGGCCAGGCCCCGUGCCGUCCUCCGGGCCACCAGGGGAGAGGCCCUCGAGGAACCAUCUUACCGUUGGUCCCCCGGUACUGGGUGGGCUUAAAGUUGGCAUCGCGUCAGGAUACGUUUCGAAGUUUGGCAUAGAAUGUGUUUAUUGUUGGUUUUUCAAAUCUUGGAAGGUAUUUUGGACUUUUUUCCUGCUGUUUUGCUCACCUGUUCUUUUCUCGGUACUUGGAUGGACGUCCCCAAUCAGCCCCCUCUUUUGUGUGGUCAUCGAAUCCACACCUGCCCAAGGCAGGCACCGGGAGAUCACGGCCUUCUCGAGGGAAGUGCGGGGGUCAGGCAAGGACUCCUGGAGCUCAGAAGUAGAAGCAAACUGAAAAGAAGGUUACUGUGGUCUGGGUCAGAGGUGACCAGCUGGCUAUCAAAUGUAGUGAUGUCAUGUGUCUGUCCCCAGGGUCUUGGAUAGCUUGCCCUGGGCGUUCCUCUCUCCACCCCCUCGGGCCUGCCCUGGGGUUCCUGUAGGGCCCCGUCCGCAGGCUCUUUACUGGAUUCCUUAUCGCACAGUCCCUCCUCCCUGCCUGCCCAUCCUCUCUCCCUCCUUCCUGAUUUGCCGCAUGGCCCCUAGCGCCCAGGGUCUGCACUAGGGAUUGAAGACACAACACAGGAGUUGUAGCCUCUGUCCCCCGGUGGCCUUCCGACUCAGGGAGGGCUGCAUGGUGGCCCCUGUGAGAGCAGGUUCUCGGGCAGUCUCUCUGCCUUCCUAGGCACUGGCUAGGGCCGGCCCCUGGCUGUGCUGGCCUCCGUUUGCUCCGUGCAGCCACCAGCUUCUGUUGACAGAGUGGCCUUACCCCUGGUGGUAGGCCCAGCCACCCAGUCGCUCCCACGCAGUCGUGAGCUUCUCUGAGCCUUGGUCCCAGGCGCCCCCUGUGUUGGAAAGACAACACACAAAACUGCCUCUGGGCCUUCCCACCCAAAGGCCCUUCUGUGUCCCUCUUCCUCCAAGGGUUUUCUGCCUUCUUCCUUACCGUCCACACGGAGGGCUCAGGGCGAGCUGGGUGGGCUGGCACGAGCACGCCCCAUCCACCCCUCCAUCCCUUUAGGUUUGUGUCACGGGGGUUCAGCCCGUCCCCAGGAAUGAGCUUUCCUUCGAGCACCCGCAGCGUCGUCCGAUUCAGACAUAAAAACCCACCAUUCUGGAAGGACUCUGCAUUUAGGAAUUGUUUCUGCACGUGUGUGCGGCAGUGUGGCAACUUGAGGUCCCAGGUGCAGUGUCUGUGGCUCUCUCGCUUGCUGAGGGCUUCCUGGAAGCCAAGGCCCCUCUUCAAACCGCUUCUGUUUUCCGGGCUCCAGCACCAGGCCGUCCCUUGUUCGGGAGGCUUCCUUCCCCGGUUUUACGAAGUUCGUGCUUUCUGACCCCAAACCUGGCAUUUUGUCAGGGUCUCGGCUUCAGUGAUCCUUGACCCUCAGUGCCCCCCUGACGCCAGCGCGAGAUAAAAGCGGGUCUCAAAAGGGACCUUCUGAGGUGCUUUUAAUCUAGAAACGUCCGUGGAGUAUCAGUUUCUAAGUGUUCCGUGUGACUCUAUCCUUUGGCAUUUGGGGAGGUGAUGGUCCAGUCUGGAGCGUUCAGGUAACUCUGGACAGCUGUGUGCCGGGCUGCCCCCGCGGGGCCGUCAGCCCAGGCUUGUGCGCAGGGGCCGCGGCGUGUAGAUGGCGGGUGGGUCCCCGCAUCACAGAAAUAGACACGUCAAAGCGGCUGCAACAGACAGAAGCGCCCCUCCCGUGAGACUCAGACCGCUUCUAUUUUUGUAACAAAAGGCUGUAAUUACAGCGUCCUGCCAGAAGGAUGUAAAAAUAGGGUAAAAUGAGCCCAACCUAGGAAUUAAUAUUUCUCUCUUUUUUGGAAAGUGCAAAGCAAUUGGUAAAGACCUUUCGGUCUCUGGCUGUGGUUCUGAGUCUGGGUUUACUUCACACUUGAAUGUCCUUGUUCUAAAGUGGCCCGUAGUUAUUUUAGUCCUUUGUGAAAACCUUUCCUGCUAAAACAACACCAUUAUAUCUGCCAUAUUCUGAAACGUCCUCUUUUCUGUGAUGAUUUGAUUUCUUUCUUUCAACAGACUGUGUUUUGGUCGCUGUGCUUUCUUCAGGUAGAACAGAGUGUGGCACCCGGGUGCACACUGAUGGUCACCUGUAACACCCGAGCCGCUGACGCGUGCGUGACAGGCGGAGUCAGGAGGUGGUGUCACCCUGGCGCACCUGCAGCUUGGAGGCAGCGCCGUGCGCGGCUGGGGCCGGGCUCUGUGCCGCGGUCUCCUCCCGCAUCUUGAGAUUCCCCGGGGGACAUAGAGGGGUCAACAGUUUCGAAGCACUUAAAACAACGUCUGGGCCAUAGUAAUUACUGUAAAAUAAAGUGCUUUCGGGGCCGAGGUUUCUGGGCCCCCAGGCUGUCACAUGGCUUCCGCUCUCUGGAUUAGGACUUCCGAAAUUGGGGUCUUUAAAGAAAAAAUGUCAAAUCCUUUUUG